GACUUGCAGUUUUCGAGUCAGGGAGCACAGUCUUUUUCUUGAAAUUAAUAGUCAUCGUAUGACUGCCGUGGACGAAGGUGAUGAUGGUGGUCAACAAGAAACGAGUGCUUGCCAAGGUGAUGAUCAACUAAGGGAAACUGAAAAUUGUGAUGGACAAGUGAUACCAACUGUUAAUGUAUUACCAGAGCCAGUACAACCUAAUGUGGGAGUAAGAGAAUCAAAAUAUGAGGCCCUGACUUCAGAAAAAUUCGAAACAAAAGUGGAACAAAAUGAAAAGCCUAAAUUCUCAGUGAAAGAGCUUUACAAAAAUUUUGAAAUUCAAGAAAAUGAAUCAUUUCUGAAACCGACAUCUACCAGUCCUAGUACAAAUAGACGGUUUUCAUUGCAGUUGGAUAAUGUUAACAUAUCUCCUCGACAUGAACCAAACAAGUCUCCAAGUAAACCUCCACAGCUUCCAUCAAAACCACGUCAUCUUCGACCACUACAGAAUGAGGUAGAAAGAAGACCCAGGUCAGCAGCAUUCUCAAUGCGUGAUAAGGAUGAGCUACAUUGCAAGCUAAGUGAACAAUUUUGCCAAAAAAAUCACAGCAGUCUUCCAAGUCAAGAGAGCACAUCACAUCAUGAGGAAUCUACAAAAGAAAACAUUGCACAUGAAGAUUCACCAGAAAAAUAUGACGUGGCGGUAACCACUCAAGCUGAUGAAAUAACUGUAUGUGAAGUAACACCAGAAGAUGAUGAAGGUGAUUGUAUUCAAAUGUGUGAAGCCCCAAAUGAAAACACACCAUGUGAAGAUACACCAGAUGAGGAUCCAAAGGAAAAUGAUGCAAAUGAGACAGUUGGUUCUUUUAAUGGGCUGCAGAACCAACCGAUUCAAAUUACUGAUAAGUAUGCUGCUGAGGCGAGCAUUAAUGCAGUCGAGAAGAAGUUUGGCCACCUAAUUGCUGAAGCAUUUAGAAUCGCUCUAAAAUAUAUCAAGAAACCUGGCCAAUGGUUUGUCAAAGUGAUUAAGAAGAAAAAUCACAAAUCAACAAAAUCUAAUUAAACUAACUAGGUCUAACUAUUGUAAUCUUUUUGCCAAUUUCAUUCUAUAAUAUAAAAAAUUAGCAAUUGAUCUGUAGUCGGCAGUAGACUGUAAUUUUUUUGUAUUAUUUUGGCUCAGUUUUCGCAUAAAUUGGAUAACAUAGUAA